AUGGGAGUGGGUGGGUCACGGGGAUUGGGGGUUUUUUUGGAGGAGACUUCGGGGGAAGGGUCAGCAUUCGGGCGCUUGGAAGGUUUCGUGGACACCACUGGGUGGGGAGAUGGCGGGGGGCAGGACCACCCUGAGCAGCGGAAGACGCAGACGAUGGGGGCGUGGGUGUCACUUACAGGAGAAGUUACCAUAUCUAAAGAAUACCUUACCAAGAAAUUUUGUGGAGGAAACUACGACAACGGUUUAAAAGUUAGCGUCUUUUCAUUCCCGUCUGAUGAAGCAUUAAGAUUGAAACGGAUCGCUGCACUUCGUAGGAAUGACUGGGAACCCAGUAAACAGUUCGUUAUAUGUGAACUGCAUUUCACUGUAGACGACAUUGAGAAAAUUACCAGUGCUUACGACCCAAAACUGGCAAACUCUUUACAGUUUACAGCACCUUUGGACCGUCCACGUUUAAAGAAACAUGCUGUACCAUCAAAGUUGCCAGGAAGACCUACGUAUUUAUCUUCAAAACAAGCACCAGCUCGAGAAGAUCCAGAGGGUCGCGAACGUUUGGGGAACCAAGCACUUGAGAAAGUCAUGGAGCAGAGUGUGGAAUCACACAAAAAAUGAUGGAGAAGAGUUCAUUUGCUAGUUUAGAAGAUUUUAAAUCAAAAUUAUCUGAUUGUGAAAAGCACAGUGACUGGGUCAUGGGUGUUAAAGGAUGCUCCUUAUCUAAGUGUUGUGUGUCAUGUCGUUAUAAAUAGUGAUUUAGUGUUAAGUG